AGCUUUUUUAUCCUUCUUUCAACCAUUACAGACGCCGGUUACUACGGAUUCUCCUAUUUUCAUUCUCCUCUAAUUAUACAUUCGUUACUAUUUUUAUUAAUUUUUUUUAUUACCAUCAAGAGAGAGAGAGAGAGGGCACUUGUGGGUUUUGGACAAAAACCAGACAGGAAUCAUCCGUUAAAAAGAAAUAAAAUUUCGGUGAGGGUUUAGAAGGUCGUGGCAGAAAAUUUUCGCCCUCCAAACAGAACCCUAUUACCUGUAGUUCUUCGGUUAGGAGAAUAGCUGCAGGUGCAGAGAGUUGAACGGAAGAGAAGAGGCGUCCCACAAGUGCCAUAAACAGAGCAUCAUCCAAUAUUAAGAAAGAAGAGAUGGCGAGGAAAAUGGAAGGUUGAGUACAGCGAAGCAGAUGCUCAUUGUGCAGACCCCCCAACAAAACACAUGUACACUUUGUAUAAUAUCCAUGUGUAUAAUAUAGAGAGAAAUAGUGCUGAUACACGAAAAAGUUUGGUCUUUGUUGCUUGAAAUUUCAUUGGACAACCUUGCCUACAAUUCUUGUGGGUACCCACUAGCAGCUUUCUUGUCCUCUCUCUUUUCCUUCUCUUCUCCUCCUUCCUUCUUCUUCUUUAUAUUUUCGUACAUGUGAAAAUUUUUUCUUUUCUUUUCUCUUCUGUUGUUAUUAUUCUAACCACACGGGACUCCCCUAACAGUAAUGAUUUUCUCGUUACGGGUAUCGUUGUUGAGGAAUCUGAGGAGUUAUGGGUGUAAAAAAGUGGCAGUUGUAACAUUAGAAAAACAACAACAACUACAAGAAGAAGAGAAACAAACGCACACGAGUGAACGUACGAGACAGAAAAAGGAGUUCUUGUGUUGAUUGAUGUGAUCAUACAAAACAAACGGCUCUUUCUGGCUUUAUCUAUACCAUUGUUUCCUCUCUAUAUCUGUUGUCUUUGUAGGGGGAAGAGAGGGAGUGGAGUGUAGGUUAAUUUCUUGAUUUUUUUGAUCUGGGUGGUUUCUUCUUUUUACCCAUUUUUGUUUUUCUUUUUUGUAUCCUUUCUUUUGGUGCUGUAUUGUGUGUAUCAUGUCUCAACAAAGGCAAUUUCAUAUGGUGGGUGGCAGCAAUCCAGGCCAAUACAAUGACACCACAUUUACCAAAAUAUUUGUUGGAGGCUUGGCCUGGGAGACCCAAAGAGAUACCAUGAGGCGUUAUUUUGAGCAGUUUGGAGAGAUCUUGGAGGCUGUUGUUAUUACGGAUAAGAACACUGGGAGAUCCAAGGGCUAUGGCUUCGUUACAUUUAAGGAUCCAGAGGCAGCCGUGAGAGCUUGUCAAAACGCUUCUCCGGUGAUUGAUGGAAGAAGAGCAAACUGCAAUCUUGCAUCACUUGGUGCACACAAGACUCGUUCACCAACUCCUCAAAAUGGCGCAGGACGGUUUAGACCAGCGCCUGGAUUGGUGGCUCCACCAGCUUAUCAUGGUUCAUCAUCAUCAUAUAUCCAUCAAGCCACUGGGCAAUACACAUUUCCUUAUUCAGCUUAUGGGUACACUGGGUAUCCACAAGAGGGCAUAUAUCCUUUGAAUUAUUAUGGGGUAUAUGGAGGCCAACAAUAUUCUCCAUAUUACUCUACUGGGGCAUCAGGGAUGUUCCAUAACUUCUAUCCACUCUAUACACAGUAUGGACAGAGUAGUCCAGGUCAUGGCUUUGGAGUUCAGUAUCCUCAAAUGUUACAGUACCCUUAUUUACCUCAGCAAUAUGGCUCUACAGGAAUUUUAUCACUUCCUUCUUCCAUGGCAAUGGCAACUACAACAACAGGAGCAACAACAAUGGCAACUCCUAUGACUCUGACGACAACACCAGCAGGAGUGGUGGGAGAGGGACCAGAUUCUUUGCAAGCCUCUGGAAUUGCUUCUGAACAAAAUUCAUCAACCUAAUUAAGCAUGGAAACUUUGUUUGUCCUUUCACAAGCUAACAACAUUGCAAAUUGUGAGAAGGGCCAGAGUUAAGUCACUGAUUCAAGUUCAAGAGAAGGAUGCCAGAUCACAAAACAGAGGAAAUCCAAGAAUUCGGCAUCAGAUUUGUUCAUCCCAUGGAAACAAGCAUUUUUAAGAUGCAGAGCUCACUCCACUAACUGGCUUCAAUCAAUUUCUAAAUUCAAGCCCCAACAUUAUCAACAUCAUCAGUAUACAUGUUCGGUUAAUUAGGACACUAGGAAGUCAAAGUAGUUGUUAGCAUCAGGAGAAGAAAUCAUAUUCAUUCCAUGUAUUAGCACAAGGUGGAAGACAUAUUGGCUUUGGAUUCUACCUUACAGUACUAAUUUCCAGAUGAUUGUCUGGGAUGCAGACAGCAUCCGAUGACAUACUGUUGUUUAUAUUUGGAACUUGUUGGGUUGUAAGAUCAAUUUUUUAUCUUUCAACCUGAAUUUGGUCAAACAUGUAGGAAAAGGGUGAGCCUGGAGGGCUCACCCAUUAACUUGUAAUUCUCUUUUUGUUUGUUUAUCAUUCAUGGUUGACACUUUUCAUGACAGGCAAAGAAAGAUUAGUUGGAGGAAAAGCAUCUCUUGCACCUUUCA